AUGUCAAGCGGCGAAACCACAGGUAGUUCAGCCACCAGCACCGCCCCGGUUCACGGAGGAGCCACCUUCACCCACCAGCGCCGCCGCGCCGCGGACGCCAAUAGUACGAGCGAAAAUCCCCCGGCCGACGGCCUGAGCGAUAUGGAUUCUGCAGAGGCGGCCUUUUGUAAUGGUAACAGUAUUAUUAGUGCCGGCGGACAAAAUAAUUUGCACAACCGCCACCACCAGCACAAUCCGGCGGCGGCGCGGUGCUCGUUGAUACGUAAGAGGGUGCCGGAAAAGUGGGUGUCGUGCGCGGAAGGAUGGGUGGUGGGUGUGCGGGGAUUCUUCAAAUCGCUGACGUCGUCGAGGAUGAAUGUGGGCCGCACGAUUUUCAUGAUUCUUUUGAUGAUGGUGGUGUUUUCCGCCUAUCUGAAUUUCUUUUUCUUGAUGAGCGCCGACGGCAACCGCCACGGCGGCGGCGCGGCGGAGGUCGGAGGGAAUGUUGCCAGGACGGAGACCGAGACUACUACGAUUAUUAUUCAGAAUUUCAAGAACGAUGCUUCAUCCAAUGCUCAAAACGCAAUUCUUGACUCGGAAUCUUCUUCUGCUUCUAGCUCUCAUGUAAUGAAACGGAUGAUGAAGGAAUUUCCGGUACCGGAGAUAUGGAUGAAACCACGUAGUGACAACUACUACAAAUGUAUAACUCGGCCAAAGAAUCGAAUUAGGACACCAGGGGCUGCAACCAACGGCUAUCUUCUAGUUCAAUCCAAUGGUGGAUUGAAUCAAAUGAGAACUGGAAUAUGUGAUAUGGUUGCAGUAGCAAAGCUUAUGAACGCCACUCUCGUUCUUCCUUCCCUUGAUCAUAACAGCUUUUGGACAGAUCCUAGCGACUUUAAGGAUAUAUUCGACUGGAGGCGUUUCAUCGAAGUCCUGAAAGAAGAUAUAGAAAUCGUCGAAAAGUUGCCACGCAAUUUAUCAAGAAUAAAGGCGCCGAUCAAAGCACCCGUCUCUUGGUCUAAGGCUGGUUAUUACAGAGUGGAGAUUGGCUCGUUGCUAAAAAAACACAAGGUAGUAAAAUUUAGCCACACGGACUCACGGUUAGCGAAUAACGGCAUAUCCCCAUCUAUCCAAAAGCUGAGGUGUCGCGCAAACUAUGAAGCCCUUCUUUACGCUCCCGCAAUUGAAGAGCUCGGAAAGAAAUUGGUCGAUCGUUUGAGAGAGAAUAAUGAACCGUAUAUCGCCCUUCACUUGAGGUAA